UCGUUUUUUUCUUCUUCCUCUCCCUCUUCUUCUCUGUCCAUAUGAGACCACAUGAGAGUACAUUUUAUCUUUUUCUUUUCUUCGCACUCUCACCAUUGAAACCGUACUUCCCUCUAUCCUUCUUACAUCGUCUCAGCCCUCUGUCUACCCAUCAUUACUGAAACCGGAAAAAUGUCUCUUGUAAUCCCCUCAUCCUCUGCAGUCCCUUUUCAUUUUUCUAAAUUGGAGAUUAACAGUUUGAGUUCCUACCAAAAAUUUGCCUCUAAUUUCUUCGUCUCUUUUCAUCAUGAAGUGGGCUUCUGUUGCAAACCAAGGCAUUUCGGGCUCCACGUGAGAAAUGAACCGAAUGUUCUUCAUAACUAUACAGUUAGGUCUAAGGGGUUUGAUUUUGAGUCGAUUGACAAUGAGACCUUGGCUUUUGAUGACGAUGAUUUUGAAGAUAUGGGGUCGCCUUGGGAAGGUGCUGUUGUAUACAAGAGAAAUGCCUCUAUUUUACAUUUGGAAUACUGCACUACCUUGGAGAGAUUAGGUCUAGCAAAGCUUUCGACCGAUCUCUCAAAAACUAGAGCUGCUGCAAUGGGAUUGCGUGUUACCAAAGCUGUGAGAGACUUUCCAAAUGGCACUCCUGUUCAGAUAUCUGUAGAUGUGACCAGGAAGAAGAAAAAAUUGAGGCUUGAUGGGAUCAUAAAAACUGUCAUCACUCUUCUUUGCAAUAGGUGUUGCAUGCCAUCUACUGAGAGCAUAUUCUCUGAGUUCUCUCUUUUACUCACCGACGAACCCAUUGAAGAGCCAUCGACUAUUGAUAUGGGUGUUAUUUUUGGGGAAGAGAAACUUACAAACGGUGGUAAGGAUGGCGAAGACGAUGCACUUAUUGAUUUGGAGGACCAACUAUAUUUUCCUUCACAAGAUAAUCAAAUUGACAUUUCAAAGAACAUAAGGGAGAAGGUGCAUCUUGAGAUUACCAUGAAUUCAGUAUGUGAUCCUGGGUGCAAAGGCAUGUGCUUGAAAUGUGGUCAAAACUUUAACACUGGCAACUGCUCUUGUAGCAAGGAGGAAGUAAAAGAAAAAAGCUAUGGCCCGCUUGGAGAUUUAAAAGAGAAGAUGCAGUUGUAACAUUUAUGAAGUUCAUGCAGUAUUCGCUAAAAAUUCUGGAUCAUUAUGUGUAGAAGUUCUGAUCUUAAUGGAUUUUUUAUGUUCUGAUGGGCAUGGAUGAUAGAUUUUCUAGAUAUAUUGAUAGGUAUACAGAAUUCAAAUGCUCCAGGUCUUUUGAGAGGACCGGUCUCUCCCUAAUUUCCCCUUUUACAACCUCUAAAAAACUGCCUAGCAUCAUCUAACAUAAAGAUAAUAUAAAAGAUAAUUACACAAUACAACUGCUGGAGGUUAUAACUACCUACUAGGAAGUUAUAACUAUCUACCUUCUCUAUUUCUUCUCACACAAACCUGGCCACUAAACCUAUCAAUACCCCCUCCAUGAAGUUUCACCUUGUCCUCAAGGUGAAAAGCAGGAAACUCCUUGCUGAUGGUAGCUGCUGAUUCCCAACUAUUUUCAAAAGAGGGGAGAUGCUGCCAUUGGAUUAAAACCUUCAAGUCACCAUCCUUAUUGAAUAGAGUAUCCAAAACAGCUUGGGGAGAAACAUCAAGGAUUAAUUCCUCUGUUAGGAGAGAUGGGAGGGCCUGAAUAGGAGUUGUUGGUUGGACUGCGCGCUUGAGGAGAGACACCUGGAAAACUGGAUGGAUUUUGGAGUGGGCAGGAAGUUCUAACUUGUAAGCAACUACCCCUAUACGUUCCAGCACUUUGUAGGGGCCAUAGAACCUUAGACUUAAUUUUUCAUUUGCUCGUCUUGCCAAGGACUUUAAUCUAUAAGGCUGCAAUUUAAGAUAAACCCAGUCCCCAAUCUGAAACUCCACAUCCCUCCUAUGCUUAUUAGCUUGAACCCAAUUAUGCUGUUGUGCUCUGCAUAAAUUUGCCUGUAACUCCUGCAAGAGUGCAUCGCGUUCCUAUUGGAGUUGAUUAACACUUUGAACUUUAGAUGGAAUAGUAUUGCCCUUGAAAAUUAGAGGAGGGUCACGACCAUAGAGAGCUUUGAAAGGGGUCAUUUUUGUUGAGGCACUACAAUUGGUAUUAAACCAGAAUUCAGCCCAGGGCAACCACUGUGACCAUUUUCUGGGUUGAGACCCUGCCAUACACCUUAGAUAAGUCUCUAAAGAACGAUUAACAACCUUUGUUUGGCCGUCUGAUUGGGGAUGAUAGGUUGUUCUAAACUUCAACUUGGUUCCAGCCUGUCUAAAUAAUUCACGCUAAAAAAUGCUUAGAGAAAGCUUGUCACUAUCAGAAACUAUUGUGGAAGGGAACCCAUGGAGUUUUACCACUUCUUUGAUGAAUAAAUUAGCCACUUGAACUGCUGUAAAAGGAUGAGCAAGUGCCAAAAAGUGGGCAUAUUUGGUAAGCCGAUCCACCACAACCAAGAUAGUAUCCUUGCCCUGUACCUUGGGUAGACCCCAAUAAAAUCCAUAGAAAUAUCUGACCAGACUUGGGUAGGAAUGGGUAGUGGUUGUAACAUACCUGCAGGGGCCAAGGUCUCUGUUUUAUUGCAUUGGCAUACUGCACACUGCAUCACAAACUCCUUGAUAUCUCGCUUCAUCCCUUCCCAGUACAGUACCCCCGCUACCCUUUUAAAAGUCCUAAAGUACCCACUAUGACCUCCUAUAGGAGAUUCAUGCAACUCCUUGAUGAUACUAGGAAUGCGAGAAAAGCUCUUAGGUAACACCAAUGUCCCAUGGUAGAACAACCUUCCUUUCUUUGACUCAUACCCAUCACGAGCUUUUGGAUUUAGCAAUAAUUAUUGGAUGAGAGAAACCAACUUAGGAUCAUGUUGAACUUCAGUUUCCGAAGUCUCCCAUUCAUCCGUUUGAAACAAAAACACAGCCAUAAAAUAUUGUCUCCUGGACAAAGCAUCAGCAACGUGAUUCUCCUUGCCAGGGCGGAAACGUAUCUCAAAAUCAUAGCCAAUUAGCUUGGAAGCCCAUUUAAAUUGUUGUUCUGUUAGUAAGCGCUGGUCAGUGAGAAAUUUCAGGCUCUUUUGGUCUGUAACGAAAACAAAAUGACUGCCCAUGAGAUAGUGUUUCCAUUUAUGAACUGCUUGGACUAUAGCCAUUAACUCCCGCUCAUACACUGAUUUUUGCUGACCCCUGUCAGACAAGGCUUGACUCCAAAAGGCCAAAGGCUGACCCUCCUGCAAUAAAACAGCCCCCAAUCCUUUGCUAGUCAUCUGUUUCCAAGGUGAAAGAUUUGGAAAAAUUUGGAACAGCCAAUAUUGGAAAUUUAGAAACGGCACCCUUUAAUGCAUCAAAUGCCCGUUGGGCCUCAUGUGUCCAGCAAAAUCCCUCCUUAGUUAAUAACUGUGUGAGAGGUUUGGCAAUUUGGCCAAACCCUUUCACAAAUCUUCUAUAAUAUCCGGUUAACCCCAAAAAUCCCCUCAAAGCCUUUGCAUUUUUUGGAACUGGCCAAUUGGUCAUGGAUCUGCAGCCACACCAUCCUUGGAAAUGAUGUGACCCAAAUACUCCAGUUGUACUUGGCCAAAUAUAUACUUCUUAUGAUUAAGUUUUAAAUGAUGAUACUGCAAUAACUUUAAAACCUCCUGUAGAUGAGUCACGUGAGUAGCCAUAGUAGGGCUGUAAACUAGUAUGUCAUAAAAAAAAAACAAGGACAAACUUCCUUAGAAAUGGUUUAAGAAUCUGAUUCAUUAAAGCCUGAAAAGUUGUUGGAGCAUUAGUCAAGCCAAAUGGCAUAACCAAAAACUCAUAAUGGCCUUCAUGGGUUUGAAAAGCAGUCUUUUCAAUGUCCUCCUCUUUCAUGAGAAUUUGAUGAUAACCAGAUUUUAAAUCCAGUUUUGAAAAUGUGGUUGCACCAGCCAACUCAUCCAACAAUUCCUCUAUAACAGGAAUAGGAAAUUUGUUGGGAAUAAUGAUCUUAUUGAGAGCCUGAUAGUCUACACAAAACCGCCACCCUCCAUCUUUCUUCUUGACCAAUAUGAUGGGGCUUGAAUAAGGACUAAUGCUUGGUUUGAUGAUUCCCGUCUGCAACAUUUCUUUGACUAAGCGUUCAAUCUCAUUUUUUUGUUGAUGAGAGUAUUUGUAAGGCCUAAGAUUAGGAAUAGAUGCUCCCUCAUGAAGAUGUAUAGCAUGAUCGUAAGGGAAAUUGGGAGGAAGGCCCACUAGAUCUUGAAAAAGGUCAUUAUGGGACUCUAAAAGGGUAGAAGUUGUACAGGAACAGUACUGCCAUUCUUUUCGUUCUCUUGGUCCCAUUUAAUCACAUAACAUGAGUCGUUGUUCUUAAAAUCACGCACCAACUUUUUCAAAGAAGAUUCUGAUUUGGAAAGAGUGGGAUCACCCACAAGGAUGUGCUCCUCGUUCCCCUUACCAAUUGUUAAUAUUAAAUUGCCAAAAUCAGCCCUUACCUCGCCUAGUGAAGCCAACCAUUCCAAUCCCAAGAUAACAUCCGCACCCCCCGAAUGUGAAAACAAAAAAUUCUUGUUGAAUUUUCAGACCAUGUACUUCUAGAAUAAAACCAUGACACUUCCCCUGACAAUGCACCUUAUGUCCAUCACCCACCUCUACCACAUAUGGAAGAGUGGGUUCUUGAUGUAACCCACAUCUGGCAAUCAGAUCUGGAGAAAUAAAAUUGUGUGAGGCUCCACAGUCCAACAAAACCACUACUUUCUCAUGCCCAAUUGUCCCCCAAAGUUUCCAGGACUUCCUGGUUGUAAGUCCCGCCAUGGUACAUUGAGAUAGUUGUAAAAUCUGACCUAUCUCUUCUGUCCCUUCCUCUUGAGAAUCAAUAGGAGGUUGAAGAGUAUCUAGUCUAGAUAAGUCGUCCUCAGACAUAAGCAACAUGUGCAAUUGUUUAUUUCUACAAAUAUGACUAGGACUAAACUUCUCAUCACACCUGAAACAUAAGCCCUUCUUAACCUUAUCAUGUAUUUCCUCUUGAGACAAUUUUCGAAAAGGCGCUCUAUUUGACUGAUUUACACUACGAAACGUUCCUGCAGAAGCGCUGCUGUCCCCCGACCACUGCUGGAAUUAUUAAAGCCCAAUGAAUUGCCCCCGUCCUUUGAAUAACUGCGAGUCAUUGAAAUAGGUUUAGAGACAGUGUGAUUGCGUACAAUAGGGAAAGGGCAACCUUUUGAGAUGAUUCGAACCUUUUCCUCCACCAUUUGAGCCUUCAUCAUUAACUCUAGAAGAGUGCUAGGUUCAUACAACUUAACUUCAGCCUUGAUUUCCUCUUUCAACCCAUUCAGAAAAAUGCCAACUAAAUAAUCUUGAUGAAUCCCCUUCAAAAACCCAACAUAUUGUUCAAAUUGCUCUAUAUACUCCUCCACCAACCCCGAUUGGCGCAAGCCAAUCAGAAUUUCAAAAGAUGCGCCAAUCAGAAUUUCAAAAGGAUUCUAAAGCAUCAUGGGUUGAAAACGGCAAACAACUGCCAGCUUGAAUGCUUCCCACGUAGGAUUUGGAUUGCAAGUUUCCCACCACUGAAACCAAUUUAAGGCCCUUCCUUCUAAAGCAACUAUGACCGCCUGCAUGCGUUCCUCCUCACUGACUUCCUUCAAUCGAAAAUUUCAAGACGAUUAGUCCUCUAAUCAUGUCCUCCAAACGCUGGAAGCGCUCGAGACUGAUUUUCCUGUCUGACCUUAUCUUGGAUUAAUUCCUAUAGCAUUUUGUCCACAACAUCUAAUCUAGAUUCCAUUCUUGUAUUCACCAUACUCCCCACACGCCCUCACAGUACCAAGAAAGAGGCUCUAAAUACCAAUUUGAUAGGUAUACAGAAUUCAAAUGCUUCAAAUCUUUCGAGAGGACCAAUCUCCCUAAUUUUCCCUUUUACAACCUCUAAAAGACUGCCUAGCAUCAUCUAACAUAAAGAUAAUAUAAAAGAUAAUUACACAACACACUAUCAUAUAUCCAUGAUGCAUUUUCUAGUAGCAGCUACGCCUCAAAGCCUGUAUCUGGUAUUCUUUCCAUUUGUAUUAGCAUUUUCUAAAUCUCCUCUUGGAUUUUACUAAGAUAGUCCGAUCUGUAAAAUUAAAACAGGGAUGCUGUGAUUUGCGUAUUAAUCAUCUUUUUCUGAUGUUAACUAUUUUAUACUUUUAAUUUCAAAACAUAUUUAAAAGAGUUUGAUAGUCUUUAUUGAUUUUCUAAUAUGAAAAACGUUUUUAAUACACUUCUUUGCAUGCUGCCAUUGAAAUCUUAAGAAUUAAACUGUACACGUUUUUAAAAAGAAAAAAGAAAGUCAAAUUAUGCUGUUAAACCGCGUGUACGAGGAGAGAUUUAUCUGCAGCUCUCCUUUUUAGAUGAGGGCCUAUAUUUUGCAGACACAAGACUCCCAUAGUCAAGUCACAAUGGAAGAAGUAAUUACCAAGAGUCACGUAGUCUUAUUAAAAUGAUAUAUUUUAUUGUAUUAAACCAAUGACAUAAUA